AUAACAAGUUACAGAAGCCAUCUAAGUUUCUAACCCUAUCUCAACUCUGGUGCUCUCCUUCCAACUUGCCAAACAGAUUCUUUAGCUCCGGAUCUUUGAUUCGGUUUGGUUUGCAUUCCUUGUAUUCCAUCCCAAAACGGAAAAGUUGCAAGGAAAAUAAAUCUGAGUAAGCUAGCAGAUCAUGCUCUAGAUAUAUGUCCUAGUGCUACAAUAUCACAAAAAUAGCAUUAAAUCAGCUUUUAACAGGUUUGAAAAGUGGAUCGGAGGCAUGGAAAGCGGCCACUUCCUUCGGAAACAUCAGAGGAGAAAAAGAAAGAACAUGAUGAUCAGUUCCCAGCUUAUGCAUCUUCUUGGUCAGAAACGGAUAUGUCCGCCAUGGUUUCUGCUCUCACUCAGGUUAUGGGAACGAUCGAUGAUAAGCCAGUGCUGGUGCAAUCAACCCCAUUAACCAUCCCAGAGUGUGCGGUGAAAGAAGAACCUCCUGAUUCAUCUCAACCAGUGCAAGAUCCAGAGAGUGUAAGAAGACGUCACUACAGAGGAGUAAGACAAAGACCAUGGGGAAAAUGGGCAGCCGAAAUACGGGACCCAAAAAAAGCAGCCCGGGUCUGGCUGGGGACCUUUGACACAGCUGAGGAUGCGGCCCUGGCAUAUGAUCGAGCAGCUUUAAGGUUUAAAGGCACCAAGGCCAAGCUUAAUUUUCCCGAACGAGUUCAAAGAACCACCGAAUAUGGCGAAUAUGGCUACCCGAUGGGGUUUGGGAAUACAAGCGGCGUCGCCCAGCUGCCUGUGCAAAAUCCCGGCCCGGUCGUUCCUCCUCCGUCAACGACGACGACUUUAUCGCAGGAAACUUUCCCCGGCCUAUUCCAGUACGCACAGCUUCUUUCCAGUUCUGAUGUUGAAUUCCCUUAUUACACUACGGGUCUCUUUAAUCAAGAAUCUUUUGCUCCACAAUUUUCGUCAACUUCAUCCUCAUCUUCCGCCUCAUCGCAUCAGCAUCAACAGCAACAGGAAGAGCAUGGCAAGGACGUCAAUUCUAGUAACCCAAGCGAGUAGUAUCUGUAACAUGGUUUUAGUUAAAAUAUAUCUAUCCAUUCUGAGUGCUAGCUAGUAUUACUAUUAUUGGCAACUCUUCCCCGCGAUUGUUUCAACAACUAGACAUCAAUCCCCACGGAAUCAUCAAGAGCUUAAUUAUUCCCAUUAUUGUUUUGGGAUUUUGGAAGCUUCUGUUGUCUGUCCGAUAUGCCGUGUUUUGUAUUGGGGAGGACAUGGAUUUUAUUAGUUACAAUCCAAGGACAAUCUCCAUCUUCUACUGUGUAUGACGAGAGUAUUAGAUUUCGGGGUACCUAAACUUGGCAACUGUAUGUAAGAAAGUUGCUGUUCAGUUGUUUUUAUUUUGAAUCAUUAUCAUCAAGAUGUUCAUCUUGCUCAUUUGAAAGUGCACGUGUAAUGCAUGCGGACAUGAUCAACGUUAAUGGAGUGCGGUUUGCUUUUCCA